UGCGAUUCGGAAGGAAGUUGCCAAACGGCCUCGUGCAACGAUGACGAGAGUGGCGUUAGUUGCGAUUAUAAUACUGUUCUCUGUUUCUAGUGUGAAUUUUGUCGAUUCCCUGCAGGACAACUUUGGAAGAUUUCUGGGGACCUUUACCACGUUUAAACAGGUGAAAAUACCCGAAUUGCUAAAUCAGUUGUGCAAUCAGUCGCAAGGUCCUAACGCGAAUUUGCGACGCGACGCUUGUUACGGUUGCUUCUAUCGCGCGAGCAUUUUACCUCAGGGCUUUUCGAUGCUGGCAGCCAUGUCCACGUGCGCCGACGAUUACCUCAACAACACCAGUUACGGCCAUUGUCAGGCUUAUUUGAAGAACCAGACCAGUAUGCCUACCGCGCGAAAUCCUACGUUAAUAUAUUGCUCGUUCCUAGAAUGCAUUCGUCAAGUCAAUAAGGAUAGUUUGCUUAGGGAGUGCGUCGACGAGGCCAAGAGAAUGUUACCUAACUUCAACAGCAGCUACGCGAAUUACACGAACGCGGAGCUCGCGCAAUUGUUCGUCAACACCACCGCUUGCGUGCUGGCGAAGACCCGUUGCUCCUUCAUGAAUCCGGUGACCGGCGAGCUCCAGGAUGACGACAUCGUCAACAAAAAGUUACACUUACCCUCGCUCAACGCCAUGCUCGUCAACACCGACAACGAUAUCAACAUUGUACAACUGCCGUUCCGUCAAGGCAGCGUCGACGUGUGCGCAAAGUACAGGAACAUCCACCAAGCGACUUGGCCCAGCGUCGUGUGUUAAUUUACAAAUAGAUAUUAUCGCGCCAAGAGACGGCGGUAUCUCGAAUGUUAAAUGAUGCGCGGGAUCGUUUUAUCAAACGACCGUUGCGGAAUGAGACUACCGCACGCCGUUGUUCGAAAUAAAGAUUUGUAUCCGUUGGCGCCAACAUUUCGAUCAUUUUUACCUCUUGGUUUCGGCGACUAUUAAUACGGCCGGCAGAAUUUACGCGGCACGUGCCAAGAGAAUAACGCAUCCGCAUUCUUUCCCCGUGCGAUAUCUUGUCUGAGAAAUAUCUGUCUCUCGUGUUUGCGCCGAGAGAAACCGAGAAUAACAAAAACAUAAAAGAGAGCAACGCAUUUCGCCCGAUAAUGUCGCAUUAAAUAACACGAGAAGAUGCUAAUAAUAAUCGAGGAAUCGGAAUCGUCUUAGUUCGCGGUUCGACAGGGGCGCGAAUUUUUUUUUCUUUGCAGAAACAGUCUGUACGUAUUUGCAACAAUAAGAGA